AUGUCCUCUGAGAUUCGGCCAUUCAAGAUCAACAUACCCGACGCCGAAGUCGAGCGUUACUAUCGCAAAAUCAAAGAUACCAGGGUUCCCACUCAGGAUAUCGUCGAAGGCGCAGGAGCCGAAUACGGCUUCACCACAGAAUGGGCAACUGAGUUGUACAAAGUCUGGACCGACAAAUACGACUGGCGAGAGCAAGAGAAGGAAAUUAACCAGUGGAAUCAUUUCACCACUGACAUUGAAGACUUCAACAUCCACUUCAUACACCACAGAUCCGAGAAUCCAGAUGCAAUUCCUCUGCUCCUCGUUCAUGGUUGGCCGGGUUCGUUCUACGAAUUUAGUCAAGUCAUCAACAAAUUGAGCUCGAGUUCUGCAUCGCCGUCUUUCCACUGUGUUGUGCCGAGUCUGCCUGGGUUCGGAUGGUCCAGUAGACCUCCAAAGGGGUGGAAGCUACAACAGACUGCUCGGCUCUUCCACACACUGAUGCAACGCCUCGGAUACGCCAAGUUUUGUGUCCAGACCGGUGACUGGGGCCAUUGGAUUGGUCGCGAGCUUGGUGCAAAUUACUCCGACACUUGCAAAGUCGUGCAUUUCAACUUCGCGCCUGCACCUCUGCCAGAGAACGUCAACUUGACAGAUCGAGAAAAGAUAGUACAAGGUCGUGUUGACGAUUGGCUCGAGAACCACAUGGGCUACGCAAUCAUGAUGCGAACACGACCACACACCAUCGGCUGGAUGCUGCAAGACAAUCCCGUCGGCAUCAUGGUCUGGCUUGGAGAGAAGUACAACGAAGCUGCUGAUCCAGAGAAACAGAAGUCAGAGGAGUGGAAAAAGCACAUCUUGACGACCGUCUCGAUAUACUACUUCAGCAACUGCAUCAUGACCUCAAGCUUGCCGUACUACGAGAAUGUAAGACACGAGAACUUUGCGGCUUUUGCCAUGGAGCCGGGGAACAGGAUCAAGGCUCCAUUCGGCUACACGAGCUUCUGGUGGGACACUGAGCCCAGUUCGAAGAGGGCUGUGGAGCGGACCGGAAACAUGGUCUUCUAUCGUGAAAGGGAUGAUGGAGGCCACUUUGCUUGUCUCGAGUGUCCGGACGGCAUUGUGGAAGACGUGAGAGAGAUCGUGAGCAAGCACUGGAAUGCAGGAUGA